AUGAAUGGCAAGUUUUUUGAAACGCAUGAUAAUAGCUCGUAUGAGCAUAUGCAUAAUGAAUAUUUAAAUUAUCCUAAUUUUAAAAAAUAUAUUGAUGAAAAUAAUAAUAAUAACAAUUUUGAGGAAUCUAGAAAGUAUAUACAUAGAGAAAUAACAAAAACUCUAAAUGCAAACUCUAUAAAAAUACAUAGAGUUUCAAAUGAAGGGCAUGCACAAUGUAACAAAUCCUCAAAAAAUAUGGAACAGAAUAAAAAAAAAAUUAUGUACAAUAAUGUUGAUGAUGUUGAAAUAAAACGAAAUAAAAAUAUUAAUAAUUAUACUAACAUAAAAUGUAAUAACAAUAUAAUAUCAUCUACUCAUAAAUCUGGAGAUAUGAAAGAAUUAGUCGAAAAUACCGCAAAUAAUACAAACAAAAGAAAGAGUGAGAUAAACAAUGAACGUAUAAAUAAGGUAAGCGAGACGUGUGAAAAAAAAAACCUGUUGAAACACGAACUAUUUUCAGAUGCUAAUAAGAAUAUCUUUGUUGACAAAAGCAGUAAGAAAAGUAAAAGCAUUGAACAUUUUAUUUUUAUAAAUGAAGAAAAGUUAAAUAAUACUAGAAAUAUCGGUCAACAAUCUGAAUUACAAAAAAAUAAUAGUAUUGAAAUUUCUGAAGAAUUUAAUCCAAAUAUUUUUAGUUUUAAUGAUUUGAAUAAUGCAAAUAGGAAGACAAAUUAUUUCAAUUCUAUUAAAAUAGAAGAUAAAAAAAAAAAAAAGGAAAUGGAUAAUAAAAAUUUUUUCAUUAAUCAAUCCCUUGAAAAUGAGCAUAAAGAAAAUUAUAGUUCUUGUGAUAACAUUAAAAAUAAAAAUAUUUCUUAUGUAAUUAAUAACAAUAAAAAUAUGUAUAAUUAUGAUAGUAAUAUUAACAUUAAAAAUAUUCAGAAAAAAAUUUUUUGUGACAGAAAUGAAAAUUCAGGAAGCAAUAGAAUAACAAAUGAUCCUAGUAAAUAUAAAAAGUAUAAUAACUUAAAAGAUAAUUUUUUUUUGAAUAAUAGUCAAAGAGAUUUUUCUUCAAAUUUCAAUAUUUUAAAAAAUAAAUCAGAAGUAUUCUUGAGAACUGACAUAGAUGAAAAAAUUUAUGCAAAUAAUAUAAUGUAUGAUGAUUAUUUUACCAUUGAAAAUCUAGAAAAAUGUGAUGAGAAAAAAGAGUAUUUUAAAAGAGAAGAAUAUAAUAAUAUGAAAAGUGAAAAAAAUAUAGGAUUUAAUUACCAUAAAAAUUUUGAUAAUAGUAAAAUAUUAUCGAAUAAUAAAAAUAUUUUUAACUAUAAAUAUAAUUUUGAUAAGAGAAAAUAUGUUGGUUUUAUUGAAAAAAAUAACAUAAAUAUAAAUAAUUUUAACAAGGAAUAUUUAAAUGAUAAUAAUUUCAACGAAUUAUCAUUCCAGAAAACGAGUAAUGAACCUAGUAAUAAUAGAAAAGAAUAUUUUCAAGAUGCUUUAGACAAAAAUGAAAAUAGCAUUUUCAAUGAAAAAUUAAAAGAAAAUUUUUCCGAGAAUAACUCAAGAUUAUUAAAUAAUAUUCAGUUUGUUCCUUGUAUAUAUAAUAACAAUAAUGCGAACAUUCCAAUAGAACAAAAUGAAAGUACCACCUUAAUGAAUUGCUUUUUACAGGAAAAUAAUUUAUAUAAUAAAAAUAAGAAUGACUUAAAUUUAUGUGACAACUUUACAUUGAAUAGCAAUAUUUUAGAUUUAAAUGAUAUAUUGAAUAGUAAUGGAUAUUUUGAUGAUUCUUCUAAAUUUGAACGCUUAGAACUGGGAACUAAUGAUAUAGAUUUAGAACCUAAAGAAAAUAAUAAUAAUAACUUAAAUUAUAUAGAAAAAAAGGAAGAAUAUGUAAUAAAAUUGUUUUUUGGAAAUUUAGCACCUAUAACUACAGAAAAAGAUAUGCAUAAUUUAUUUAGUAAUUUUGGGAAAUGUGAUUCUUUAAUAAUUUUAAAAGAUAGAAGAAGUAAAUCAAGAGGUUCUGGUUUUGUUACUUUUUAUAAUAUGCAGGAGGCUGUAAAUGCUAUUAAAUGUUUAAAUAAUAAAAUUAUAUUAUCAGGAGCUCAUAAACCAUUAGAAGUCAGAUUUCCUGAAAAUAAAGAAGAAAAAAAAUUAAGAACUAAAUUAUUAAAUGCAGCCAAAUGGAAAGGAAAAAAAAUUGCUCCUAGUGGAUGUUUGCCAGUUAGUACAGAAGACAUACUAAAUCACACUCCAUUAGAUAUGAAUAUGCCAAGUAAUUUUUCUUUUUUAAAUCAAAAUGACUCUUGUUUUUUUUCCGAGAAUGAUAAUGCUUCAUAUGAUAAUAAAGAUAUAAAUAAUUAUGAAACAUCAAAUAUAAAUCAUUUUAAUUACUCAGAAGAAUUUUCUGAGCUCUAUAAAACAACUAGCGAAACGACAGUAGAUACAUUAAACACAGAUUACUUUAACAAAAUGGAAGAAAACAAAAUGAAUAGAUAUAAUUCUAAUAAAUUUAUGCAAGAAAAUUUAUCUGAAGAUAUGAAUAUACAUUUAAUGCAUAAAAAAUAUGAUAAUUUUUUACCAAAUUUUUUAAUUGAUGGUAUAGCUGGAAAAGGAAAUUCAUUUGAAACAAUAGGCACAGUUAGGCAUAAUAAUUUAGAUCAGGAAAAUAAGACUCACUUAAGUAAUUUUACUACUAUUGAAAUAAAUGGAACAAAUAGUAUGUCUGAAAUGAAAUCUGAACCAAUAAGUAGUAUUAAUGAUAAGAACAAAAAUACAAAUUAUAAUUCUGUGCAUAAUUAUAAGGAUGAUCAAAAUUCUUACUUUUUUAAUUUUUGUAAUAUCUCAGAUAAAGAGAAAACAGAAAACUUGAACGAUUUUUGCCCAUAUUUAGACAAAAAAAAUAAUUUUCCUAAUAGAGAUGAAGAAUAUGAACACGGAUUUUAUAAUCCAUGUAAAAAAAAAAAUAUCGUAAAAAAUGUUUUAAAUGAUCUAGAUAAUGAUAUAAAUGAUAUUGUUAUAAAAUAUGAUAAUAUGAAUAAUAGUAAUAAUAAUAAUGUAAAUAAUAAUAAUGACAAUUAUAAUUCAUGUGAUAAUUCUGAGGGAUAUAAUAAUUUUAAUAUACAUUAUUUAGGUUUCAAUUUAUCCCAUUUAAUAAAAACAAAUGAGGAUGGUUUAUUAAAAAAUCAAAAUUUAAGUAAUGUAAACUCUAGUAAUGAUGAAUUAUUUAAUAAAGAAAAAAAAAUUGAUGAUUAUGAAAAUGACGACCAAACAAAUGAAUUAUUUAAAUUAAAAAUUACUAAUCCUCAUUCUUCCAUAGAUCUUAUAGAAGACCAUAAUAUAAAUUUUGAGACAAAUGAUAAUUUAAGCGAUGAAAUGUUAAAAAAUUUAAUUAACCUUUAUACAAAAAAUAAAUCUUCUAUUUUUACAUCUCAUAUGUUUAGUUAUUUAAAUAAUGUUUUAUGUGAAAUAAAUAAUGCAUUAGAAAUAUUUAGCAAAUUUAAUGUUAAAACUUCCUUAAAAAAUAUGAAUAAAAAUAAGAAAUUAAAUAACGAAAAAGAAUUUACAUGA